UCGUCUUUAUUCACUUUUUCUCUCAGCUCAGCCUCUACUGACACUAAAUAUUUGCGUGCCUCAUUUAACAGCACGUGAAAUCAUGCUUGUGUUCACCUGUACAGGUGAGUCUGUGGCUAUAGCUCUGACUCCGAGCACCUGACAGGUGUCCUGCCCGGUAAAAAUCAACAAACCGCUGUGAAAAUCACAGGUACGAAUCGGCAGAUUUAGGGAGAGUUAUUCACUGAACUCUAAUGUGGUCAUUUACUGUGGGUUUUUUCUACACCGAUACCCGCCGGUCUAUUUUUACCGAGGAGGGAAGUGAAGUGGGCGGCGACUCCGCAUGACCCGCCCGCCCACUCCUAAAUGAAACACGAGCUUCAUUCACUUAGAGACGAUUCAGUCUAAAACUAGGGCCGGCGAGUUCCCCCAUCUGAUUCCAGGAUGAUGAAACUCUGUCCUCUUGCUUCCUCUCAACCCAGAAACAUUCACUGGAAAUAAACCACACUGAUACUUUGCAGACACAGAGGUGUAGAAAACAAACGCAACAAAACAAAACACCUGUGAGAGGAAGAAGCAUCAAAAGGAGUGUUGUACAUCCAUGAGGAGACGCCAUGAGACUUCAGAGACAGCCCUCUUUAAAGACAGAGAUCUUUCAGCCUGAACCAGAAGCUGAAUAUCGGCUAGAUCCUGAGCUCAGCUGUUUGUCCUUGAAAAGCAAAUCUGAACCUCUUCUGUUUAAAGAUGCAUUGCCCUGUUGUGAACAGAGCCUCCAUCAGAGACCACAAUCCUGUGAACCAGAUCCUGGACCUGAUCUGGAACCAAGCUGUGUGUCCUUGAAGAGCAAGGCUGAACCUCUUCUGUUUAAAGAUGAACUCCCCUGUACUGAAGAAAGAGUCGACCUGGAGAGCUCAGAGGAACAAAGUGGUCCGCCUGUACAGCAGGAGCAAACACAACUGGACUCCACAUUUAUGAUGCUGGAGUUGAACAUCAUAACUUUUAUGAAGAAUGAGCUGAAGAAGAUGCAGAAGGUUCUGAGUCCAGAUUACCCAGAAUGCUUAGAGAGCCAGAGGGAGGAUGAGGAGGUGUUGGAUGGUGAGGAUAAAGAGCAGAGGAGGAGCAGCAGAGAAGCGUUUCUGAAGAUCACACUAAACUUCCUGAGGACUAUGAAGGAAGAGAAGCUGGCUGAUUGUCUGCAGAGCAGAUCUCCUGCUAUGUGUCAGCUUAACCUCAAAUCUAAUCUGAAGGAGAAGUUCCAGUGUGUGUUUGAAGGGAUCUCUAAAGCAGGAAACCCAACGCUUCUGAAUCAGAUCUACACAGAGCUCUACAUCACAGAGGGAGGGACUGGGAGACGUCAAUGA